AUGACAAAACAUACCAGCGUCAAAAAAUCACUUGUAGAUUCUUCUAAUAUUAUUGAACAUUGUAUUAUUAUUUGGUUGGAUACAAAUAUUAAUCGUACGAAUGAAAAUACAAAAAAUUCAUUUCAUAGUAUUCAACAUAUGAUUACUUCUUUUGAAACAUUUAAUAACAUUGAUGAAUUUAGCAAUUAUCUUAAGACUAUUAAAGAUGCACAAAUAUUUUUGAUUGUUGUCGAUUUAUGUGAUCAAGAACAUAUUCUUCUUAAUGAUCUUAUUAAGGAAACAACUCAAAUCAAUUCCGUUUACAUAUUUUGUAAUGAUUCAUUGAAAGACAAAUCGUGGACAAAUGAAUCGAAAAAAAUAAAAGGCAUAUUUACUGAUAUUGAUGCUAUUAUAAAUGCCAUUGAGCAAAAUAUUAAUUCAUCUGAAACUAAUUAUUCAAAAACUAGUAUCAUUUCUACUGUAGAUACGAAUUUUGAUGAACUUGAUCCAUCAUAUAUGUAUUCAAAAAUACUCAUAGAAAUUAUUCUUAAAAUUAGUUAUGAUGAUAAAGCAAAACAAGAUUCAUUUGAUUAUUGUCGAAAAUAUUAUGCUGAUAAUAAUGCAAUGUUGAAAGCCAUUGAUGAAUUUGAACAAGAUUAUCAAAAUCAUUCACCAAUUUGGUGGUAUACUAAAGAAUCACCGAUCUAUAUAUUACUUAAAGAUGCUUUAAUGACAGAUAAUAUUGAUAUGAUUGUUAAAAUGGGAUUUUUUAUAAGUGAUGUUCAUCAAGAUAUUAAAAAGAUCUAUUCUCAAAUAGAUCGAACUGUUAAAUUCAUUGUUUAUCGUGGACAAGGAAUGUUAGAUGUUGAUUUUGAUAAACUUAUCAAGCAGAAAGGUGGUCUAUUUUCAUAUCAUGGUUUUUUAUCAACAAGUACUAAUCAAGAAAUAGCUUUUUCUUUUGCAAAUGCUGCUAAACUUGAUGAUAAAAAAAUAGGAAUUCUAUUUGAAAUGAAUAUUGAUCCAUCGAUGUGUUCAAUACCAUUUGCUCCUUUAGAUAAUGCAAGUUAUUAUUUAGAAGCCGAAAAUGAGGUUUUAUUUUCUACACAUAGUAUUUUUAGAAUUGGUGAGAUCAAUCAAAUUGAAGAUCGAUUAUGGAAAAUCAAUUUAACCUUAACUUGUGACAUGGAUGAACAAAUGAAAUGUUUAACUUAUCAUAUGCGGAAUGAGAUUCAUGGUAUAACUCCUUGGCAUUCUUUAGCUACAUUUUUGUAUAAAAUGGGUAAAUAUCAUGAAGCUCUAGAAAUCUUCUAUAGAAUAGUACAGAUAACUAAUGAUCAUGAUAAUGAUAAUGAAAAAUUUAUGACCAGAUUAUCCUCUAAUUACAAUAAUAUUGGCUUAAUGCAUGAUUCAAUGGAGAAUUAUUCUCUUGCAUUGUCAUUUUAUGAAAAAGCACUCGAAAUACAAAAACAUUCUCUUCCUUCUGAGCAUCCAUCGUUAGCUACUGUCUAUGAUAAUAUUGGAAUGGUAUAUAGAUCAUUAGGAGAUUAUACAACAGCACUUUCAUAUUGUGAAAAAGCACUUGAAAUACGAUUGAAAUCUUCUCCAUUGGAUCAUAUAUCGUUAAUCAGUGCUUAUAGUAAUAUUGGUAUGAUAUAUGAAUCCAAAGGAGACUACUCAAAUGCUUUGUCAUUCUAUAAAAAAGCUUAUGAAAUUCAAAAAUCUUCCUUUCCACUUGAUCAUCCGUCUUUGACUCUUAGUUAUAAUAGCUUCGGAGGAAUAUAUAGUUUAUUGGGAGACUAUUCAAAGGCAUUGUUAUAUUAUACAAAAACAAUUGAAAUUCAAGAGAAAUCUCUUCCAUCUAAUCAUCCAACAUUAGCAUUAACUUAUAAUAAUAUUGCUUAUGUAUAUCAAUUAAUGGGAAAAUAUACUAUUUCACUUUCAUACUAUGAAGAAGCACUUAAAGUUCAGGACAAAAUUCCUUCACCGAGCCAACUUUCAUUAGCAACCACAUAUAACAAUAUUGGCUUAGUACAUCGAUUUAUGGAAAACUAUCAAAUUGCAAUUUCAUAUUUUGAAAAAUCAUUACUUAUUGAAGAAAAAUAUCUUAAAGCAGAUCACCCAUCAUUAGCUCAUACCUAUAAUAAUCUUGGAACAGUAUAUCAGUCCAUGAAAGAAUACUCCACUGCACUCACAUACUAUAAAAAAACAUUAGAAAUAUGGCAAAAAUCUCUUCCGUCAAACCAUUCAUUUUUAGCUACCAUUUAUAAUAAUAUGGGUAGUGUAUAUGAUUCAAUGGAAGAUUAUAAACAAGCACUUUCAAAUUAUGAGAUAUCAGUUGAAAUUCAACAGACACUAUCAUUGAAAAAUUAUCUAGAUCUCGCUAGUACAUAUAAUAACAUCGGUGAAGCAUAUAGAGCAAUGGGCGAUUAUCCAAGUGCGUUGUCAUAUUAUCAAAAAACAUUAGUAAUCGAACGGAAACAUCUUUCUGGUAAUCAUCCAUCAUUAGCUUUUACUAUAAGUAAUAUGGCUGUAGCAUUUGAAGCUAAUAAUCAACAUGAAGAAGCCUAUGAACAUGCUGAACAAGCUGUUGAUAUUUUUUGUCAAGCUUUGGGACCAAAGCACUCUCAAACAAUCAUAAAUAAAAAAUAUUGUGAUCAACUACGUCAAAAAUUGUUAUCUUUGAAAUAA